CCUGACUUGUGACAGCGUGUCGAUGACGCUCAUUAUGGAAAGAACCCUUCUCGAGAUCGGCGACGACGCCCGCGAUGUCCAUUUCGAAGACGAAUCUUGUGUUGCAUACGACCACGACAGUCAGCAUGUUGCGAUCACCACCAUGUACGACAGAUGUGGUACUACACAAGAGCAUAACGACGACUACAUAAUAUUUACCAACAUGGUGACGUAUUACAAGCCCCGCCCUGAAAACGGAACCAAUGAGCUCAUCGCCAGAGAACACAAUCUUAAAAUUCCUGUUACUUGCUACCUGGAGCGGACACAGGUCUUGGAAGAGUCCUUCUUGCCUGAAGCAAAUCUUUAUGUUUUCGAAGAGGUAGGGUACGGUGAUUUCUCGCUAAACCUUGACCGGUAUACAAACCCAGGCUUCUACCAACCUGCCAACGAUUCCGGCGAAGUUACGCUCGGUACACCGCUAUACUUCGGCGUUCGCCUGACGUCCGUCACGAACCUAACGCUUCUCAUCGAGUCGUGCUGGGCAACAAGCUCGCCGGACCCACGAGACGAUCACCGCUAUGAUAUCAUCGAGAAUGGAUGUGCCGUGGACAGCACAACAGUCAUCUUCAAUUGGGCCUAUCCAACUUUCAAGGGAUUCAGUAUCGAUGCUUUCACCUUCAUAGGCGAUUACGACAAGGUUUACGUCCACUGCUCAAUCUUGAUCUGUGACAACAAUGACUCGGGCUCCCGCUGCGCCCAGGGAUGCCUAGCCCGAUCUCGUCGUAGUCUGCAGCCUACAGGCUCCCGAUCAAAACCUCAUACCAUCACGAACGGACCGCUCUCCGAUGCCUCGCGCACCCAAAGGGUUAUGUUGCUUGAUAGCGUUGAUGACGGACUCGAAUCUCAUGACCCUUUGAUGAUCGUGGGUGUGAGCGCCCUCUGUGUUCUUAUCGCUCUUACUGUCGUCAACGCGCUGAUGAAGGUACGCAUGCGUCGUCCUCGCCCCGAGCAGAUUGGCUAUCGCAGAGUGGGCGUUACUGAGCAGGACUAAUAACGGAUGAAGAGAGAGAGAAAAAACAAGAAGAAGAAGAAGAAAAAGAAAAAGCAAUCCCUUUGAUUGGAGUAAACUUACAAGUAUAAUUUUAAAGUGCCAAAGCUCCUCUUUGCACUGAAUCAUUUUGAAUAC